CGGGGAGGUAACUGUGGCCGCUCUUUCGCUCUCCUUUUCCCCGCAACCGCUGACACUCGGGAGCGGCUUCUUUCUUUCCCUUCAGCGGGGGGGUUUCGUUUCAUGCUGGGCGUCGAUAAAAGCUGGUGGACACCCGGGAGUGCUUUCAAGGAGAUGUCCCGCAUACUUGUUCCGACGUAGGGGGAGUGUGCGGCGGCAGCAGCAGCCAGUUGACUUGACUUGCUAGCGGAGGACUGCCGGCCGGCCCCGAAGUAGCUCCGGUAGCGGCGCAACGUACUCCGCGACAACGGCGGUUACACAACCGCACAGGCGGGAGACUAGCAGGCCCGCUCCGGACUUUGGAGAGAACUCCGGGUCGCCGUUUGUGUCACUCCGGAGUCGCAUUUACCAGCGGCGUGUCGUCAAAUCGCACCCGGAGACCCGAGCGACUGCAAAGGGGAUGGCGCAGAUCCACCUCGUCUACAGUUAACGACGGCGGACUGCAAUACACGCAAGUGUGCUGUUUUAGUGCGCGCUAACGUUUAUUUUCCCGGCGGAGGAUAAUAAGCAAGACUCGGGGGGGUGGAGCGCGCGUCUGGCAACAUGUCGAAAAUGCCGGCCAAGAAGAAGAGCUGCUUUCAGAUCACCAGCGUGACUCAGGCCCAGGUGGCUGCCAUCGGAGCCGCGGACGACACGGAGAGCCUGGAGGACCCGGACGAGUCCCGCGCGGAGGACGUGGCGUCGGAAAUGUACGAGCCGGCGUCCGAAGAAGCCCCGAACAAUGCCGGGGAGCCGGAGGCAGCACCGUCGCACAUACCUCACUUCGCCGUGCUGUCAGUCAACCCCUUGGGGGAGUUUCGGACCGGCCCGGUUCAAGGCGGUCAGCAGCAGCAGCCGCCAGCAGCAGCGGGGAUUGGCGCGGCCGUCACACCCCUCGUCGCUCAGCCGGGGGCAACUCAGCAACAGGCUGCCCCGCCGACCUCCAGUCCCGGGCCCGCCGUGGUGUCAGUCAACGUACCCCAGCCUGCUACAGUGCCCAGUCCAGGUCCCCCGCCUCCUUCCGCGAGUUGCACGUCUCGCUUCCGGGUCAUCAAACUUGACCACGGUACCGGGGAACCCUUUCGAAGGGGUCGGUGGAUGUGCACGGAGUUUUACGAGAAAGAGUCCGAAGGUAACCGGACUGUGGACGGCAGCAGACAUGUCAGUGCAACACUGGAGAGCGCUGCAGACAGAGACAGUGGGCUGGGGCAUACCGGUGGCUCUGCGGUUGCCUCGGCGACCCACUCGGCCCAAGCCUCGGGCUCCUCGGCGGAUGUUGCUCUGUCAUCAUCUCGCAUGGACUCGUCCGGGCAGCAAAACUUCAUCACCCGGCAGCAUGCCGGGAGCGGGUCGGGGCCACAGAUUGCUCUCUCGCCGGUCCCCGUGCAGCUUCAGACUCAGUCUGUGAUGGUGAGUGUGCAGCCCGCCGCUCCUCAGAAUGGGUUGCCUCAGUCUGCCAUCCACAUGCAGAAGUCCCCCAUCCUGCCCCAGUCGGCCCAGACGCAAGCUUACCCUCUCCAGCAGCUUUCCAUGGGGCACCACCUGACCGCCCAGAACCCGACCGAGUACUAUCAACAACAGCCUGGGCUUUCCGCUGGUCAGUCACUGUCGGUAUCGUCAGGGCCGCAGACGGCGGGACAGGCGACCUCUCCUGCCGCGCCCGCAGCCUCCGGGGGAGUUUCGAUACACCAGCUCGGGGACGUUGCUGUGGGUGGAUCCAUACUUUCUGGACCGACGGCUCCAGGCCAGACCGCUGGAAUGGGAACUGUACUUGUUGGAGCAUCGACUUUGCAGCAGCAGUCCGUCAGUCAGUACGCUGCCACGGGGCAACCCAAACCCCUUAGCCUCCACCCUGCGUCCUCCGGUGUGCAAAAUGUUCCCCCCACUGUGCCUACCGCUGUGCCCAGUGCCUCCAGUGCAGCCAUGCCAAAGGUGACGACAUCCAGUUUGCCUCCAGGUCAGACCGCUCACAGCAAGACGACGGGAGCAUUGGGGGCACCGGGCCUCCUUGCAGCUGGAUUUGGACAGGCGGAGGGCGGCGGCGCGAGGAGGUCCGACGGUGUUGUCAAGCCAAUGUCAUCCGGGAAGGAUCUGAUGAAGCCCCUCAUGCCUGAGAGCCUGCAGCUCGCCGCUCCAACUGUCAACAGCCUGUUUGGAAUCCAUUUACCCAUCGACGGGGAUGAGGACAGGUAAUACAUUGUUACUGCUCCUAAAGUAUUGUACUUUGCAAAUUACGGGCUGUGGUGAAUUAUAGUGUCACCCCAAUGUGGCAGAAACACCGCUAAAACCAUGACUAUGCAAAUUGUGUGGUUAGUAACGGUUAACAGAGGCUUCUAUUAUAACGUCGAUGCGCCAAAAUCUGUUAUAGCUUGUCAAUGAAGCAGAGACUUCCUGUAGUGUCAGCAAGGCAUGCAGGAGGAUGUGAUAAGAGGAAGGAAACAUGCGAGACGUUUCUCAU